CGUGAUGGGCAUUAAAAAAGCACUUGGCUCUUGGUUGGUUUUGAAAUAUCAAGCAGCCAUUGAAAGCAUUUUGCUGCUUAAAAAGGGAUAAAACAGCAUUCUCAAUAUACCUGGAAUAAAUAAAAAAAGUCAUCAUGCAGGUCUAUGUAACACUUUGUAAGCUUCACAUUACGACCACAAAAUUGCUAUGCCAGAACCAGGUGGAUACGUCAAUAGCCCAAGGGACAAAGUAUGUCGUUUUCUUUUGUCGUAUUAAUUUUUAGAUUCUUUAACCCAUUAUACUGAUAGAAAGAUUUGCUUCAAACUCCAGGCCGGCUAUCAAGUUUUUAUUAGCGAGAAAACGAUUAUCACAACAAAAUCCUUAUAAGGAAAGCAGAACAAUGGAAGUACCAGUCUCGCGGGGUAAAUUUUUCUUAGGACAUAAAAAUUUAACCUGGCUGAACUAAACAGUCGUCCUGUUUUGUUUGAUGAUGUCACCCAUUGUAGGUAACUCGACAUCCAGGUUUAAGCAUCAAUGAAGGUUGUCAAUGCGUUUUGGGGUGCGUGUCCACUGGAAAAACCCAAGAAUAUCCUACUGAGUCAAUGGAAGAAUGUCCAAGCUAUACCAAGGCGUCCCAAGAAAGGCUCUGUGGCAACAAUGAUGAAGAAGGAGAUGAGAAUUCAAAACAUCGUUUCGAUUGUAAAAUUAACCGAAACCGACUGGUGUCCAAACUAUUUUACCUGUUCUACUUCUCGGCUUUUGGAUCGCUGUGGCCCUAUCUAUCAUUGUACUUUAAACAGUUGUUUUUAUCACCAAGACAGCUGGGCAUCCUUGUGGCUGUUCGAUCUCUUGUACAAUUUGUUUUCACACCUGUUUGGGGAGCUCUGGCGGAUCGCUUCAAUAAAAGUAAAUUUGUUUUAUUAUUAGGAUUGUCAGCUUGGCUAUUGUCAACAUUUUCUCUGGCUAUAAUACCGAUAGGAGAAAGACCGAAAGCCUGCUAUGAGAUGAACUCUUUGUCUUUGUCAUUGUUCCAAAAUGCCUCUACGGGUAACACUAACUUCACAAGCUUAACACCACGAUCGCAUCGACUUAAGAAUUCCGUCGAUCAUCACCACACUUCAACGCGAUCCUACGAGUCUAUUUUUGGAUCCAGUAGAUUUCUUCCAUGGGCCUUAAGCUUUUUCUCGAGUGGAUAUGAGCCUGAGAAAUCGACAAAACUCAAAGAAGAUACGUUUCCAGACCUAAAAUACUAUCCCUCCCCUGAGAAAAUCUCCGAUUCUUCUCGGCUGUUCAUUUUUAUGGUUUGCGUUAUAGUAUUUGGACAGAUUUUUGCGUCACCAACACAAUGCUUGGCGGAUACAGCCACGCUGCAGAUUCUUGCGGAGGACAGCCAUGAAUAUGGAAAGCAAGCUUUUUGGGGAUCAGUCGGUUAUGGAAUGACCGCAUUUAUCGUUGGCACGUCUAUAAGUGGACCGAAAACCCUUAAUCCUUGUAGCCAGGAAAUGGACAUCAACUAUAUUCCUUGCUUCUAUGUGUUUGCUUUCUUCAUGGUGGCUGCAUUGAUUGUAGCAAGUCGGUUUAACUUUAAACCUGUCGAUCACUCACAAUGUAAAGAAACUGCAAUAGGUGGACUAAAAGUGCUUAAAAACUUCGACUAUGCCUUUUUUCUAUUCAUUGUAUUUUUUUGUGGCACAGCUUUUGGUUUUAUACAAACAUUUCUCUUCUGGCAUCUUCGUGAAUUAGGCGGGCAACAGAUGUUGUUUGGGUUGAUAAUUCUGGCAAACAGCACAGCAGAAGUGGUAGUGUAUCUUUUAUCAGAGCGUCUUCUUCGGAACAUCGGGCACUUCAGGGUGAUGUACUUGGGACUUCUGUGCUACGCUCUGCGAUUCUUUUACUACUCAUAUUGUAGCAGACCUUGGCUUUUUUUACCUAUAGAACUUAUUCAAGGAAUAACAACAGCCGCUGUUUGGUCUUCGUUUGUGUCCCAUGUUGGUGCAGAGCCCGGUGUGGCAACGACACUCCAAGGGCUCGUUAACGGCUUUUACACUGGUUUAGGUUACGCCAGCGGCGGUCUUCUGGGAGGAGUUAUGGUUCACGAAUUUGGUACCAGGACAGCUUUUCUCGUUUUUGGAGAGUUAAGUUUGAUAGUUCUUUUUGUUUUUAUUAUAGUAAAUAAUGUUCGCCAAACAGAAAAGAAAAAUGAAAUUCAUUUCAAAACUUUUAGCCAAGCAGAUGAGUUUGAACAAUAGAUUAGCAAUGUUAUGCAUGGGAGAAACAGAUACAAUAAAUUUCUAAUUGCCAAAAACAGGUUGUUAAAUUGUUUUCGCACAAAAUCAUUGUUCUCGAUCAAUGAUUCAAAUAAAUCUUACGCCUUAAAAAGUAGAUAGAAAAAAGUUAUUUUCCUUUUGAGUUUUUCUAAUAUACUGGGAAAAAGUCAAUUACUUGAAGUGAUGUAUCAUUUGUAUCGUUAUCCCUCGUUUUCCUAGUAGUUUACGAGAGAUGAAAUUAACAAAAAUAAACACGAUUUUUAUAUGAGGAACUCUAUGGACUUUUUAAGGAAAAAUCACUCCAUUUAGCAUAUAACGACAUAUAAAAAUAUAUCAGCGACCCAUUACAUGAGAGGAAUUUCAGCGAAUAUUAUAUUGAACAAUUAACAAAAUCUUGAGAAGUGAAAACUGCGUAUGAAUGAAAACAAUUGUUAUAUUAACGUUUAAUUCGUCAAUUUCUCAUUGUUUCUUUUUUUAGCUCUUAUUAAAAAGAGAGAGAGAAAAAAGGCAUGAUACGAAUUAAAAUGUCAAAAAUGUUUCCCAUACAGGACCGUCAAAGGUAUUAAGACUUUAAAGAAUAGUGAAACAAUGGCUUACAUUUAAUUAUUCAUCAGAAUCUCUUAAAAAUAGUUAGACUAUAUAUAAA